CACCCAUCAUACGCUGGGAAUUCACUGCUCCGAAGCGCAGUCACCUGCUGAACUGAAAGGUACUGAAAUCGGACCGCGGCAGAGGGCCACCUGUCUAUCGAUCAGCCGCGGAAGAGAGACAGCCUGACCUAAAGCGCCGCUUGGAGAGGAACCGGAGGGGAGCUCCGGGCCGCCACAGCCACCUCAGCAGCUGCGAGCCGCCAUCGCCUUGGGCCUCCACCCGUCACUACCAUGGCCGAGGAAGAGUCUGCCUCUACAUCUUACACAGAAGAUGAUUUCUACUGUCCGAUAUGCCAAGAAGUCUUCAAAACGCCAGUUCGCAUCGCGGCGUGUCAACACGUUUUUUGCAGAAAAUGUUUCCUUACUGCAAUGAAGGAGAGCCGGAUCCACUGCCCGCUGUGCCGUGGGAAUGUGACUAGGAGAGAACGAGCUUGUCCAGAGAGGGCUCUAGACCUCGAAACCAUCAUGAGAAGUUUUCCUGGUAAUUGCCGAUGCUGUUCCCAACGUGUUGAACUCAUUCGCAUGAGGCAGCACUACAAAACUUGCGAAAAGUACCAAGAUGAGUUUGGAGUUUCUAUACCUGCUUCAGGAUUCCAACUGUCUCCAGACACCGUGGGCAACAGUGACAACCAGGCACCAGCCGCAGAGAAUGCCGAGGCUUUUCAAGAGGAUGACAACGUGAGCCCACCUGAUCAGCCCACUUUCGAUUGUCCUCUGUGUGAAGAAGUGAGCAUGACCAGACAACAUUUGCUGGAUCAUUGCAACCGCAGCCACCGAGGUCAUGUUGUUCCAGUCAUUUGUCCCAUUUGUCUAUCUCUUCCGUGGGGUGACCCUACUCAACUUACCAGAAAUUUUGUUGCCCAUCUUAAUCAGAGGCAUCAGUUUGAUUAUGGAGAUUUUGUGAAUCUUCAGCUGGAUGAGGAAACCCAGUAUCAAAUUGCCAUCGAGGAGUCCUUCCAUGUCAACAUCUAGAGAGACUUUCCUCAGGUCUAUAAUUGCUCCUAAGGGACAAUUUACACAAAAUUAUCCUUUCAAUAACUUGAUGUUUUAAAUAAAAGUAAUCA